UCAGAUAUCUAGUCCAAUAUUUCACUCUUCUGCUAUUAGUUUUCAUUCAGGCCCAGAAUUCAUUUGAAAAUGUAAGAUCAGCAAAAACUUGUUGAUUUUCGUGAUGUUAAAGGAGACGGAUGUGUGAGCGGAAACUAACUGAGGAUGGGGGAGGAUUCACACACAACCAGAUAAAUAUCACAGUUCAGUGUGUUUCAGAUCAAUCUGAGGGUUUUCAGACAUUUUAAGAGUCACUAUCGUGGGCUUUUCAGUGAACCCAUGAAGAAAAUGUUCCUCAAGUUAGUUUUGCUCUGUUUGUGGCGUCUGGAUGGAAUGUUUGGUGAAGUGAAGAAAGUGAAGGAGGGAGAUUCAGUCACUCUAAACUCUUCUCUUACUGAAAUGAAGGAUGAUGAUGUGAUUCAUUGGAAGUUUGAAAACACUUUAAUAGCUGAAAUCAAUGUAACGGCCGACAGAAUCACUGUAUAUGAUGAUGUUCCUGAUGGGAUAUUCAGAGACAGACUGAAGCUGGACAAUCAAACUGGAUCUCUGACCAUCACAAACACCACAACUGAACAUGCUGGACGUUAUAUACUAGAGAUCAACAAUAUGAGUGAUUAUUUCCGUCUCAUUGUCAUUGCGACUGUUAAAUUAUCAUUUAUAGAGGGAGAUUCAGUCACUUUAAACUCUGAUCUUACUGAAAUGAAGGACGAUGAUCGGAUUCUGUGGAGGUUUGGAAAAACUUUAAUAGCUGUAAUCAUUAAACGGGUUGACAGAUUCCCUGUAUAUGAUGAUGUUCUUGAUGGGAGAUUCAGAGACAGACUGAAGCUGGACAAUCAAACUGGAUCUCUGACCAUCACAAACACCACAACUGAACAUGCUGGACGUUAUAUACUAGAGAUCAACAAUAUGAGUGAUUAUUUCCGUCUCAUUGUCAUUGCGACUGUUAAAUUAUCAUUUAUAGAGGGAGAUUCAGUCACUUUAAACUCUGAUCUUACUGAAAUGAAGGACGAUGAUCGGAUUCUGUGGAGGUUUGGAAAAACUUUAAUAGCUGUAAUCAUUAAACGGGUCGACAGAUUCCCUGUAUAUGAUGAUGUUCUUGAUGGGAGAUUCAGAGACAGACUGAAGCUGGACAAUCAAACUGGAUCUCUGACCAUCACAAACAUCACAAUGAAACAUGCUGGAUAUUAUGAACUACAGACCAACAAUAAGAGAGUUCAUUUCUAUCUCGCUGUCAUUGUGUCAGUGACGGAGGGAGAUUCAUUCACUCUAAACCCUGAUCUUACUGAAAUGAAGGAUGAUGAUAUGAUUCAUUGGAGGUUUGGAGACACUUUAAUAGCUGAAAUCAAUAAACGGGACGACAGAUUCACUGUAGAUGAUGAUGUUCUUGAUGGGAGAUUCAGAGACAGACUGAAGCUGGACAAUCAAACUGGAUCUCUGACCAUCACAAACACCACAACUGAACAUGCUGGAGAAUAUGUAUGUGUCCAUUUCAGCAGUUUUUUGGUUAUUCGUCUCAUUGUCUAUGGUGAGUUAAAUAUCAGUUUCACAUGUUUUAUUUAUUACAGCUAGAUCUAAAGAAGUAUCUUAUCAUGACUAAUGAGUUCAAAUGACUAAUUCUCUCACUUUCACAUGAACAGCAGGUUUAUAU